AUGGGUAUCCAGAAGGAGGGGUAUCCAGAGAAAGGGGUAUCCAGAGAACAAGUAUCCAGAGGGAAGAGGUAUUCAGAGGACAAGUAUCCAGAAGAUAGAUAUGGUAAGUAUCCAGAGGAGACGUAUCCAGAGGAACGGGAAAUAGGUAUCCAGAGGAAAUGGGUAUCCAGAAGGAGGGGUAUCCAGAGAAAGGGGUAUCCAGAAGAGAGAUAUCCAGUGGAGAAGUAUCCAGAGGAAAGGGGUAUCCAGAGAACAAGUAUCCAGAGGGAAGGGGUAUCCAGAGGACAAGUAUCCAGAGAGAUGGGGUAUUCAGAGGACAAGUAUCCAGAAGAUAGAUAUGGUAAGUAUCCAGAGGAGACGUAUCCAGAGAGGACGGGUAUCCAGAGGACAAGUAUCCAGAGGAUAGAUAAGAAGUAUCCAGAGGAAAAGUAUCCAAAGGAAUGGAGUAUCCAGAUGGCAGGUAUCCAGAGGACAAGUAUCCAGAGAAUAGAUAAGAAGUAUCCAGAGGAAAAGUAUCCAAAGGAAUUAGAUAUCCAGAGGACAAGUAUCCAGAGGAGAAGUUUCCAGAGGAAAGGGCUAUCCAGAGGAAAGAGGUAUCCAGAGGACAAGUAUUCAGAAGACAAGUAUCCAUAG